AUUCUGCAAGACAUUUCCUGUUUCUCGAGCACGGAUCCGUAGUAAUGACAGCAAAAUAACCACAUUUUUUUUCUCCACUCAUCCAUUUUCUCACCAAAAUGUCUAAACUACAACAGAUCAAUGUGUUUCUCAACGAAACAUUAACAGCAGUUCCUUUGGAGAUAUCCGUGGUAGUUAAAAAAACGAUCGCAGAGUACCAGGAAGAAAUCUACCGUUUGAAACGGGCGAAUGCACGUCUACGAAGACUGCUGGAUUUGGUUUUCAAGCCAGAGAUAAAGUUGCGUAGAUUAGCAGACCUCCAGCAGCUCACUCUCACUGGAGAGGUUGUUAACCCUGAGCAACAGCACUAUGAGCAGGAAUGGAGCGCCAGUUUGGGGCCCGUGGAGUCUGAUGCCGAAGAGUCUAUAUGGAACUCUAUCAACAUUACAACUGUAGAGAACCAAACAGAAUUUGAUGGUGAGCGCUACAGAGAGUCCGACUCAACCAGUGAAUAUCAGCCCCCAUCGGAAGUAAAUCCAGAGAGUGACAACGACGAAAGUGAUCAUGUAAAAGAGGAUGAAGUGGAGAAUAGAAUACGACUGUCACGGUUAACGCCUCUUAAAUCAAAGAGAGGAAGAGGACGGCCAAGGAAAGAAGCCAGGGAGUUGCCUGAUCUGAACUGUGACUUGUGCGGAAAAUGCUUUGCGACAGUGGGUGGUCUGAGAAGGCAUCAACAAAAUGUGCACGGUGAAGAGAGACCGAGAGAAUGGCCAAAGAAAGGAAACCGUGAGUUGCCUGACCUGAAAUGUGAUGUGUGCGGAAAAUGCUUGGCGACAGCACGUAGUCUGAAAAGGCAUCGACAAAAUCGCCAUCUUGACGAGAGACCAAGAGGACGGCCAAGGAAAGAAACCAGUGAGUUGCCUAAUCUGACAUGUGACGUUUGCGGGAAAUGCUUUGUGACAAGACGUGGCCUACAAAUGCAUGGGAAAAAUAGGCACAGUGAAGAGAGACCAUACAUGUGUGACAUAUGUGGACAAGGUUUCGUCCUGAACUGCUACCUGAUCCGCCACAUGAAGACUCACACGGAGGAGGGACAACAUUGUUGUACCAUAUGUGGCAAAUGUUUCAAUCACAAGAAUAACCUGAAAAAUCAUAUGGGUACUCAUACAGGGCCGGCUUUUAAAUGUGAUUUGUGUGGAAAAUGCUUGACAACAAAAGGAAGUCUGAAACUCCAUCAGCAAAAUCACACUGGGGAGAAAUCCUAUCCGUGCAAAGAGUGUGAAAAAUCCUUCAGCAUAAAGGCAAGCCUGAUAUUGCAUAUGAGGACUCAUACAGGGGAGAAACCAUUCCGGUGCAAAGAAUGUGGCAAAUGCUUCAGUGACAAGGGAACCCUUACAAAGCAUAUGAUGACUCACACAGAGGAGAAACCACAUCGCUGCAAUGAAUGUGGCAAAUGCUUCAGUCUGAAGGGAAGCCUGACUGCGCAUAUGAAGGUUCAUACAGGGGAGGGAGUUCAAUGUCAUUUGUGUGGAACUCACUUGAAGUUAGCAUCAAGUCUGAAAAGACAUUUGCGAACUCACAGAAUAAGUAUUCACAAUGACUAAUUACAAGAAACAAUGCCCCUUGUGUAAAAUGAGUUAGAUGGAAGAGACUAAUAAGAGGACAUACCACUCAAGUAUGCUCUUGGUAAAAAGUACACUCCGCAAUCUUGGAAUCUGUUCAAUGGUCAUUUCAAUUCAUAUAACUUACUCAUUGAUUGUUGAACAUUUUUAUUUUGGGGGGAAAAUUUAUUUAUUUAAAUGUCCUGUAUUUAGGUAAAUUUUCCCAUUCUAAAUAAACUAAUGUGGCAGCUUAUUAUGAUAAUUAAGUCUGCUACCAGUAAGAGUAGUAACACCAAUGAUGGCAACACCAAGGAUACAUUUUAGGUCAAUGAGGAAUUUCUGAAAUUGAGGCCACAGAUUAAAAAAUCUAAGGUCAUUAACCCUUUAAAAAUAAUGCAUGUGAUAUGGUUAAUAAUUUUUCCCAUAAUGUAAUUUCCUGUAAAUUAAAUUGAGUAACACCAAGAGACACCAAGUGAUCAAUGGAAUCCUCAAAAUAUAUUGAAUACUAAAAGGAUGUGAUUGGCUAAUAAUUUUGUUUAAUAUAGACACCUCCCCCGAUAACAAUGGAGGGAAUGCUCAAAGUCCUAGCAAUGAGUGAUUUUCAAGGUGUUCACACCAAUUACAAAAACCUGAGGGACACAUGUUAUAUUGAUUAACAAAAUUAUUAUUGAUCUACAGUACCUUGUGGUGGUUAAUUUCUGUAUUAUCAAAUGAGGAAAGACAGACUUAUCACACAAGUCAGAGUUAUACUUAAACUGAAUCUUUAUUAGUGAGAGCUCUGUAAUAGUGGUGGCUGGUCGACGAACCACCCUCAGAUGAGGGUACAAAGGCUACUGAAAUCUUUUAUAGCAAAGAUCCACCCCCUAGUCUACACAAUAAACAACAGAUGUGUGGAACGGGUCACAAGGUGAGACUUGAUAAAUGAGAAUGGAGUAUCCCGCAGCCAGAUAGCAUUUGCUAGAAAUUCUGUUCUUAUCAUUCAGUUUGGCCCCUAAGACGAGGCUCCCAUCUCAUUCCUGGUACUUCAUAGCACAAAAACACCAACUCAUUCCAAUGGCAUAAAUCAAUUGUCAACUCCAGAUACUCGCAUCUCAAGUAAAACCUCUUCUUGACCACACGCCUGGGGAGUGAGCAUCUAGGUCAUACACUAUCCCAGGAUAAGUGCAACAUCAGAGAUGACAUACAAUGGUUCCAGACACUACCCCACGCAUCUGUUGUCUCAAACUGGAAUUGUUAGUUAGAUUACUUGUUCGUUAUUACUGCAUUGUCGGAACUAGAAGCACAAGCAUUUCGCUACACUCGCAUUAACAUCUGCUAACCAUGUGUAUGUGACAAAUAAAAUUUGAUUUGAUUUGAUUUGAAACCUUAUCUCCCCCAAGGCCAAAGGAGGGAAUAACUGGACUUUUUUUCACAUUUUCUUGUGUUACAGCUUGAAUUAAAAAUGUAUUAAAUGUAACUUUUUUUGUCACACAAUACCCCAUAAUGUCAAAGUGGAUUUAAAAGCUGAAAAUGUCUCGAGUCAAUAAGUAUUCAACCUCUUUGUUAUGGCAAGCCUAAAUUCAGGAGUAAAAAUGGAAGCCUGUACAAAACAAAAUGAUUCCAAAACAUGCAUCUUGUUUGCAACAAGGCACUAAAGAAAUACUGCAAAAAAUUUGGCAAGCAAUUCAAUUUUUGUCCUGAAUACAAAUGUUUAUGUCUGAGCACAUCCAAUACAACACAGCACAUUACUACCACGUUACUACCACUCUCCAUAUUUGCAAGCAUAGUGGUGGAUGCAUAAUGUUAUGGAUAUAAAUGAAGAUAUUCAGUAUAAAAAAUGUACUGAAUGGAGCUAAGCACAGGCAAAAACAUAGAGGAAAACCUGGUCCAGUCUGCUUUCCACCUGACACUGGGAAAUUAAUUCACAUUUCAGCAGGACAAUAACCUAAAACACAAGGUCAAAUCUAACCUGGAGUAGUUUGCCAAGAAGAUAGUGAAUGUUCUCGCAUGGCUAAGUUCCAGUUUUGACAAAUCUGCUUGAAAAUCUAUGGCAAGACCUGAAAAUGAUUGUCAAGCAAUGAUCCACAACCAAUUUGACAGAGGUUUAAGAAUCAUUUUUGAAAGAAUAUUGGGCAAACAAACGUUGCACAAUCCAGGUGUGGAAAGCUCUUAGACACUGACCCAGAAAAACUGACAGCUGUAAUCACUGCCAAAGGUGACUAACAUGUAUUGACUCAGGGGGUUGAAUACUUAUCGAAUGAAGAUAUAUUAGUGUUUUAUUUGUCAUACUUUUUACAUAAAAAAAAAAAAAAUGAUUUAAAUUUUUCUUCCACAUUGACAUUGUAGAUAUUUGUGUAGAUCUUUGACAAACAAUGAUAAUUAAAUCAAUUUUAAUCCCACUUUGUAACACAACAAAAUGUGGGAAAAGUCAAUGGGUGUGAAUACUUUCUGAAGGCACUAUAUAUAAAUAUAUGAAAUACUUUUGUUUAAUUUCUAGCAUUCUAAUAGAUAUCUCUAAAUCCCCCAAACAUGUUACUACUGAGACUAGCCAAGUUCUUUAAACGAUGCAUAAUCCUAUAGUUUUGCAGUAUAAAUGACUUGCAUUGUGUUUAAUCAUUGAUAAACAGUUCAAUAUAAACAAAAACAUGUAUGAUGUGUGACUAUUUGUCAUUUUAAAGUGUUUUUCAUGGUUACAAAAGGUGUAGGGUGCAAAUGCCCAGGAAUUCAUUAAUGACUCAAUUUAUGAAUGCACAACUAUCUUACGCUAUCAUAUUCCAAAAUAUAAGAUAUUAUUACUCAGUCGUAUAGAAACAACAAGAAUGAAAACAAGCACUGAAUAGCUUCAAAAUAUGUUAAAAAUGAUCGUGUGGAUGUCAGUCUUUGUAUCUCAAAUCAAAUUUAUUUAUAUAGCCCUUCGUACAUCAGCUGAUAUCUCAAAGUGCUGUACAGAAACCCAGCCUAAAACCCCAAAC